AAGACAUACAAGUGAAUAUGUAUCACAGCAAUCUGGGUUGAUCUCCGAGAGAUAGCCAGCACUAUGGAUCACAGUUUGUAGUGGUGUUUCGAAACUUUAUGAUGAAACCCACUCGCUGUUGCGUGAAGAGUGCCCUGUUUCACAGAUGAGUGGCGUCUCUAAAAAUGUUGCCUAAUCCGACGGAAUCGAGUCGUCACAUCCGUGAACAAAGAACGACGCUAGUUGACAACUCGUUGUGAGGGCAGCAAUACUGUCUUAUUCAUAAACCAAUUCUCGCGCUGAGUGUGAGAGACCAAGGUUCCACACAUGCCGCGCGUUUUCGCUUAUGUUUUUCUACAUUCCCAGUGUUGGCACAUCGUUGUUCUUACACUGUACACGAGAGACGCAGCUCUUGUCGCGUUGUUCAUCGUAUUGCAUUAUUGUGGCCGCCUCGCGCAUCCACCAAGGAGUUGUGAGCCCGUGCAUGGCCAGAGCGGGCUGCAUUAUGUCGUGGUCUGGAGUCUACCACAUCAUCUCUACCUCUUAAACAUAUAUUUAUCAGGUUGAAAAAGGCAGGUACUUUCAUGAUCUUCCUUUAGAAUAGGAAGUAUAUGAUUCAACUUCUAUCGAUUCAUUCAUUUGUGCCAAUGGUCGAACCUAGAUUCUCGUGUAGCGGUGUGACUCUCCAUGCACCCCUAAAGGCUAAAAGCGUCGUGUCCAUGCAUGGAUGACGUGAUGCACGGAUAUACUUAUUUUAUCGCACGCUAUAACCAGAGGGGGGGGUCGCACUCAGAAGCUUCACGUUACUCUCCUGCGUUCAUCCGUUACCACACUCAUAAACUCGGGUGCUCCUUUUUGGCAAUCCACAAGCCCCACUUUUCAGGUU